UUUUACACACAUUUCUGUUACUGUAUCUGAUGAAGAACCAUCUAGUUCAAUAGACUAUGAAUUUCUGAGAAACCAUCUAGCCCAAAAGUUCCAACUGAACAUAAUUGUGAGAUAGCAAAAAUUCUUAUAUUUGAAGUAAUCCUUAAUAAUAACGUUUCAUGAAUUACGCAACAAUUGUUGUUCUUAGCUACCUGAGAAAGUCUCCCGUUACAUUUUCUCGAAAGCAACAUGACGCUUUCUCGUGAACUAUUAACCUCUGCACGGCCGAAAUCGUCCGUGAGUAUCAUCAGAGACGGCCGAAAAGAGUUAGUCGCUGCCUUAGUCCUCGGAGAGGAAAGACGUCCCUUCAAUUAUCAUCCAUUAAGGAAUCCGAAUUAAUCGCCAUAGGAUAAACUUGUCUGUGUGUGUGUGUGUGUGUGUGUGAAUCGCCUGGAUAACGAAUCAGAAACCUUAAACCCAUCGGAAGCUGUUAUAAUCCGAACAAGAUCCGAACAAGACCCGAAUCUAUUAACAAAGGUAUUUAUCAUCCCGCGAAGUGUAUGUGCACUCUCUCUCUCCGCGAAAAUUCUUCAUCCAAUAGAUUUGUAAAUAAACCCUUGUUAAUUAAGUGUAUCUGAGUCACUUCCAAUGUUGUCUCUCGAAUCGACAUUAAGAAUCCGUCUGACCACAUACGGAACCGCUCGCGCGACGGCGUGACGUAAUCGCCGUCUCGGUUUCCGUGUUUCGAGAAACACGGUGGUGUCACUCCUGACAGGGUACCAAAGAGGUGCCGACCCGAAAGGUCACAGUGGUGUCAGAGCGCGGGAUUUUAAGAUAGUGGGAAUUUAAGAUAGUAACGGAGACUAGCUAGGAAAAUGGAAGGGAAAGAAGGUCGCGCGCCGCGUGGAGAGACAGCAGGAAGUGCUGCGGUAGGCGGACUUGGGGGCAUGAUUCCUCUCAUACCUUCUUUUGCCGGAGAUCCAGAUGGCCUUAAGGUCACGGAUUUUUUUGAGUCCUUAGAUGAGAUUGGUAAAUUGACAAAUUGGACCAAGGCGCAAUGUUUAGGAGUAGCUAAAUUGCGAUUAACGGGGAUAGCCCGAGAUUUUGCGUGGAAGGAUGCCACGAUGAAAGAUGUAACAACUUAUGACGAGUUCAAAAAGCUUAUGAUAAAAAGAUUUGAAAAGGAACCUAUCUCUUUACAAUUACAAAAGUUUCACGCUUGCGUGCAAGCGCCGGGAGAGGACGUGCAGACUUACGCCGUCCGAUUGCAAACCUUAGUGGUAGAAAUUAUUAAAGAGCAACCUAGUGAUAAUGCACAGGAAAGGGAAGUUGUAAAACGGUGCCAACAAAAGGAAAGAGACAAACGGUUGUUAGUACAGUUUAUGAGUGGACUCAAUGAUCGAAUAAAGCGACACGUGAUGUCAAAAGAGCCCGAUACCUUCGAUAAGGCGGUGCGAAUAGCUAUUAGCGAAGAGAGCAUAGAACAAUUAACGGGAAAAUCUCGGGGAAUAAUAAGGACUAUAGAUAACACUAGCGAAAAAGAUACUAACCAUAACCCAUUAGAAGAAACGUUGACGAAAAUUCAGGAGCAACUUCAACGAUUGACACCUUCGGACUAUAGUAGAAGAGAUCCUCGACGUGGACCUCCCCGUGGUUGGCGUCCUCGGGAUUAUCGAGACUCACGACGACAAUAUCAAUCUUCCGGGGGACGAGGCGACGACUCACAAGGACCCCGCGAUACAUACUUUGAUAGAACAAGGCGGGAAAAUCAGGACCUUACAUAUGCCCCUCGAUAUGGAACGAGGAAUUUCACGAAUAAUCCUAGAGGUCGAGGAAUCGGACGAGCUCGAUCAAUACCGCCUAGGAGACAAGCAUAUGGGCGAAUUAAUAAAGUAAACUGGCAAAAGCUUAGAAGGGGGACUAAUCAAGGAUCUACUAAGGAUCCACCGUAUCCAAGGAGAAACCACUUCCAGUCACCUGGAGAGACAAAUCAUUUCCGAUCAUCGAGAAUAACAAACGAAUACCAAGCAGGACGUGGGAUGCAACUAAUAUAUAGAAACCGAGGGGGAAUUAAAUCGCUGGGCCGUGAUUUCGAACCGAAUUUAGCUUGUCGUAUCAAUGGAUAUGCUGUUCGAUUGGCCAUAGAUACCGGCUCUAAAGUAACGCUUCUUUCCUAUGCUCUAGCUCAACGAAUCGCUCAAGUACAACUUGAUAGGAAAAAGGGGACGAUUUUAUUCCAGAGCGUUACAGGCCAUGGGAUAAUAACAUACGGAGCCCUAGACGUUUGUUUUGAAAUUGGCCCUUUACGGUUCUCAUACUCUUGCUAUAUAGUUGAUAAUGUGAUUACUCAACCGUUUGAUGGAUUACUCGGAAGAGAUAUCAUUACCUCACAAGGAUUAACAAUUUGUUUAGCAAGAGAGAUAUUAAUACUCCCCAAGGGAGAGGAGAUCCCUUUCCAAAAGGGGCCCAAAAGACAGAGAACAACAACAUUAGCACAGGUGGAUAGAAAACGAAAUUAUAAGGGCACCUAUAUAAAGUCUGGAAAAUACACGAGGCCCAAGCAGUCUUCCAUCCCAGAUAUUUCUAAAAAUAGACCUCCGGAACCCAGAUCAACAGGGAAUUCAGAACCAACUCAAGAGGUAGUUCUAUUAACAGAUUGUAAUCUUUCUCCAAGAACGGAAGUAAUUACAAUGGGCCGAAUCAUCGGAGUGAAGAAAAAAGGCCUAGUCGGAAUUAUAGAAGCAGGGAAGCUUCAGCAGGAUGGAGUUGCGGGAGCAGAUAUCCUAGUCAAAACUAAGAAAGGAGGACAAGUGCCUAUUCGCAUAAGCAAUUUCUCCACCCAACCGAGGAAGAUUCCCAAGGGAGAAUGUAUAGGGACCUUUCUUCGAGCCAUGGAAGACAACCCUUCCCCAACUUCGAAGCCUAUCAAUCUAUCACCUAACCCAACCAUUACCAAAGAGGAAUUUAGUCGACUAUUUGAUUGGUCCCAUAUCGGAAAAGAAAAGAAAAAACCAUUACUAGAUUUAUUAUACAAAUAUCACCAUGUCUUUGCUACCCACGAUUACGACUUAGGAUAUUGUCAGGUAGUCGAACAUGAAAUUAAUACUGGAGAUGCUUCUCCCAUCUAUCAACCUCCGUAUCGGAUACCCUAUGCUCAGAGGGAGAAAAUGAACGAAAUCAUUGACGAAUUACUAGAGAACAAAAUAAUAACCCAUUCAAAAUCACCAUGGUCAGCGCCAGCAUUAUUGGUUAAAAAGAAGGACCCAGGACUAUGGCGUCUCGUCAUAGACUAUAGGAAAUUAAACAAAGUGACUAAAAACGAUCCAUAUCCCUUACCUUUGGUGCAGGAAGCACUCAGCUUGAUGGGACAAGCAAAAUACUUCUCCACCAUGGACACCCUUUCGGGGUUCUGGCAAUUAGCCCUAAAGGAUAAGGAGAAAUCCGCAUUUUCCAGUCCCGACGGACACUAUCAGUGGAAUCGUAUGCCGAUGGGCCUGGCUGGAAGUCCUGCCUCUUGGCAACGCGCGGCGGACUUUAUCCUUCAUGGGUUAAAAGGAAAAACCUGCCUUGUCUAUAUGGACGAUAUCUUAACCUUCAGUUCGGACUUUCAGAGCCAUUUAACACGGCUAGAACAAAUCUUUCAACGUCUGGCUGCUGCCGGCUUAAAAUUAAAACCAAAGAAAUGCCAUUUUUUACAAAGACAGAUUAAGUUUUUGGGACAUGAGGUAUCAGACGAGGGAAUACGACCAGAUCCAGAUAAAAUCAAUUGUGUAUUGACUUUUCCUAAACCUGUUAACAAACAUGACAUCAAAUCAUUCUUAGGCUUAACCGGAUAUUACCGACGUCAUAUAAAAUCUUAUGCAGAUAUUGCUAAACCAUUAACAAAUCUAUUAAAGAAUGAUGCUCAGUUCCAGUGGGGGGAGGAGCAAGAACAAAGUUUUGAAAGGCUAAAAGAGAUAAUUACAUCGGCUCCACUAUUAAAAUCCCCAGAUUUUUCUAAACCUUUUAUUUUGGCUACGGACGCCUCUAAUGAAGCGAUCGGUGCAGUAUUAUCCCAGGAAGAUGAAAGAGGGGAGAUGCCCAUUGCCUAUGCAAGUCGUAUAUUAAGGAAGCCCGAAAAGAACUAUAGCACUACGGAGAAGGAGUGCCUAGCAGUGGUGUGGGCUACGAAAUAUUUUAAACCGUAUUUAUACGGCAGGAAAUUCACCAUUAUAACCGAUCACCGCCCAUUGAGGUGGCUUAUGAGUAAUAAGGAUUCUAGUUCAAACUCUCGCAUUGCCCGAUGGAUUAUAUUUCUACAGGAAUUUGACUUUACUAUCACCCAUAAAGCAGGAGAUUGCCAUAAAAAUGCAGAUGCAUUAAGUCGUAUCCCUAUUCGACAGAUUACCCAGAAGGAAGAACUCGUACCUAUUUAUUCCAAAACCCAAAUUCGAGACUUACAGAGACGAGAUCCAAAAUGGAAUUCCAUCAUCCAAAACUUAGAAAAUAAUAUUACCGUUCAUCCUAACCUUGAAAAAUUUUUCUUGGAUGAAGAGGAAACCCUCUAUCACCUACAACCUACCAAUCAGGGGGAUACUUUGGAACAAUUGGUUAUACCAUCCAUCUUAAUACCGUACAUUCUACAUACCUAUCAUGACACUCCAAUUGGUGGUCAUUUGGGACCCCAGAAAAUGCUACAAAAACUUCAACCCUUAUUUUUUUGGUCGACUAUGAACCGAGAUAUAAAAAACUACUGUCAAAAUUGUCAACGAUGUGCUCUCCAUAAACGAAAGGAUAAACGAACUGAAGCUGAGUUACAGCUAUUUCCUCCUUUAACACAUCUAUUUGAACGUACUGCUAUGGAUAUAGUGGGACCUUUACCCAUUACCAAUAACGGAAAUAAAUAUAUAUUAGUCUUUGUUGACCAUUUUAGCCGCUAUGCCGAAGCUAUACCUCUACCUAACACCCUUAGUAAAACUAUUGCUAAGGCCUUUGUUGUUAAUAUCAUCUUGAGACAUUCCACCCCAGUACAACUUCUUACCGACAGAGCUCCAAAUUUAAUCUCAAAAAUGUUCAAGGAGGUAUGUGAAUUACUUCAAAUUAAACGACUGCUUACGACAGCUUAUCACCCAGCCUGCAACGGCAUAGUCGAAAGGUUCAAUAGAACCCUCAUUGACAUUAUCUCACAUUAUGUGUCGAAGGAUCAACAAGAUUGGGAUGAGUGGAUUCCCUAUGCUUUAUUCGCAUAUAACACCACAAUCCAUGCUUCUACCAAUGAUAGCCCAUUUUUCUUGCUAUAUGGAAGGGACCCAACAUACCCAUUUGACCUCAUCACCCGUCCUACACGGACACGAUAUGACGUGGAAGAGAACUUUGCCGCAGAAUUGCAAUUACGAAUGGCUAACGCACAUCGGGUUGCUCAAGAACACGCCGAGCAAGCUGCUAGAGAACGUCAGAAACAACACCGUCGUACUCAUAAAAUAUCUACUUAUCAAGUGGGGGAUAGAGUUUUCCUUAACGAGAUCGCUCUCUCUCCGGGUCUAAAGAAGAAACUAGCACCCAGAUGGUCGGGUCCAUUUCGCAUUAUAACUAAAUUGAGUCCUGUUACCUUUAUAAUCGAAAAUAUCCAAACAAAAAAGACCCUUCAUGUCCACGCUAACCGGUUAAAACAUGGCACCGCUCAGCAAGAAUUAGAAGAAAUGAAUGAAUCUGAAACACAAUCAAUCAUAACUUCUAAUUUAGCAAAAUCCAAAGACCCAUUACCUUCCACCUCCAUGUUCAUCGAUCCAUGGGAUGAAGUCAUCCUCACCGAAAUACAGCAACAAGCAGAAUCAGAAAGAGAAGACGAAGAAGACGUAACUACUGAGGAGAAAACGAGAGAACCUGAACUAACUCCUUCACCUCCUUAUGCCUUAAGAAGUCAAGGACCAGUGGAGGAACAACCUUGGAUUCUUCCCACUCCUCGACGAAGUCGAAUUCCUAAACGAAAGGCUAGCCCACCUAAAAAUGGAGUUAACACUCAACCAAAAAUAACCAAACGAGAGACCUAACGUAAGAAAAAAAAUCCAUGACCCCAGGGCUCCUUCC